AUGCCGCCAAAGAAACCUGAGCAGCCGAAGAAGAAGAAGGCUACAGUGGAGGACAAGACUUUUGGUAUGAAGAAUAAAAAAGGAGGCACAGCCAAACGACAGAUAGCACAGCUCCAGGCACAAGCCCAUUCAAACAAGAGUGCAGAUCAAAAGCGAAAAGAUGCCGAGAAAGAGAGACGAGAGAAGGAGAAGGCAGCCGCAGAACAGGCGAAACGAGAGGCAGCAGAGCUCUUCAAGCCGGUCCAGGUUCAAAAGGUCCCGUUUGGAGUCGACCCAAAGACUGUCUUGUGCGUGUUCUUCAAGAAGGGAUCCUGUGAAAAAGGGAAAAAAUGCAAGUUUAGUCACGAUCCUGCGGUUGAGCGGAAAGCACAAAAGAAGGACUUGUAUUCAGAUUCCCGGGAUAACGAAAACGAAAAGCAGAAUGAUACGAUGGACAACUGGGACGAAGAAAAGUUACGGACCGUUGUUUUGAGCAAACAUGGCAACCCGAAGACGACGACAGACAAGGUCUGCAAGUACUUUAUCGAAGCUGUGGAGAAUCAGAAAUACGGCUGGUUUUGGGCAUGUCCGAACGGAGGAGAUAAAUGCAUGUACAAACACAGUCUUCCACCAGGCUUCAUAUUGAAGACAAAAGAACAAAAAGCUGCCGAAAAGGCCCUUUUGGACAAAUCCCCCCUCAAAACGCUCACCUUGGAAGAGUUCCUCGAAUCCGAACGUCACAAGCUCACCGGCACACUUACUCCUGUCACCGAGGAAUCGUUUGCCAAGUGGAAGCGAGAGCGACUGGACAAGAAAGCUGCAGAAGAAGAGGCGCGUAAAGCCAAAGAAGCCACAGGCCGUGCCAUGUUCGAAAGCGGUAACUGGCAGGAUUCAGAAGAUGAGGAAAGUGAAGAGGAGAGCGACGAUGAGGGACAGGAUUCAUGGAAUCUGGAAGCUAUGCGAAAAGAGACGGAGAAUUUGCGGGAUCAGUCAGAACAAGAUCGCCUUGCGAAGCUCUCGGGAGGACAGUCGCUCAGCAACGGGAAUGAUCCAGGUUCAACAUCUGUGGGAUAA